AUUAAAAUGUUCUGUUUGCAACAAAAACAAAAAACACAGAAUGUUCAGCAAGAAAACAAAUUGUUUCUUGUUCACGCCGACACCGUUGAGGAUUUCGCAAGGAGUUUCGAAAAUACGAGUUUUUCAAACGCAAAAGCAAAUCCAAAUCACAAAAAAAAUUUACUACCGAUAUAUAGAACUGUUCGCAGCGCCUAUCUGCGUAUGCUUGUGCCCACGUGUCCUGACCGCUUGGCUUUUGGCAGUAGGAGCUUGAAUUUGGUGGAAAGAAAUAUUGAUUAUUCCGCGCAACACGUCCGCUCUGCUGAGCGUAAGAAACUUUUGUGUUCACUAAAUCGCUUCGAGUGUCGCUUGACUUCUCCGUUCGACUGGCAGCGCGCACCACACUUUUGUGAGUCUUUCAAUUCUACUCGACCACAACAACAGUGGCAGCGAGUAUGCAGUUUUGGCAGAAAAUCACACAAUUGAAUAAUUAAGUCCACUUCUGCAUAGUUGUGGUUCACUUCAACAAACUGGUUAUGCAAAUCUCCUCAGACACUACUAAUAACGCAGCAGCAGCACGUCGAAGCUAAUGCGAAACAAAAACAAUCGGAAAAAAAUCUUUAAUUAGUAGUUAACUACGCUCGAGGCGACGACGUGAGUCUAGCGUUUCGAGUCUAAGAAUCUGCAGUGUGACGCGCGUGCCGCUGGAGUGAGUUCAAGAAACUCCUUAGCAAACUAAAGGUCAGCAGCUAUAGGAAUUUUAACACUAGUUGUUUUUGUAAUAUAUUUUAGAUCUUAUUACGUGGCUAUUCGUUUAUUUGUUUCAGUGUUUGCUUUUUAUUUUAUUUGUUUCUCAGUUUUUUUUUUUUGUUUAACUAUUUUUGCACACUCUUCACUGGGUUAGUGGGUACAGUCAAAUAUAGCAAAAAUAUUAUUUUAUUUUUUUAAGUUAUUUUAUAUUAUUUAUUGUUCUAGUUCCUUAUGAAUUUAUGUUGUUCUUUCUGCAAAUCUUUUUUUUUUUAUUUUUUUAUUUUUUUUUGUUUUUUUUUUUAUUGUUUGCUACUGUUGAUCACAUCCACACAUAUUCUUAUUAUUAUUAUUAUUUUUUUUUUUUUGUAAAUUCGCGUAAUUUUAAUUGACUAUUAUUUCCAUCGCAUCGAAAAGCAGAAAAAUCUAACAUCAGGAUUAAUGCUGGCGCUGUUUACGCCAGAAGCUUCCUUUCACAACUAUUUGUGCCGGAGUGUUCUUAACCGAAUAUUGAUUUUAUUACAUAUAUUUUUGCGAAUUUAUUGUUAUUGUAGCAAUUAAAGCCGGAAGCCGUUUUUGUCCAAGAUUAUUAAAACUUUUACAUUUUUUUAUUUUCUAAUUUACUUAAUAAUAUUUUUCGCAGCUUCUUUAUUUCACAAUGAAAAUAUUAA